AUGCCUAUCCAACCCUCAUCAUCUCACGCCCAAUACACUAGCGACCCCAUCACACACUUCAAAAAUACCCCCUGGUGUGCAAAACUACUCUCCAACAAAUCCAUUAUCCAUGUCGCUAUUCCAGAUCGCAGACCGAAGCUUAACAGCGAAUACACACUCGUAAAAGAGACACUCAACUCCAAAUCAACUGUUCGUGCUUGCAUCACCUCUUUCUGUUUGCCUAAGAGGACCGAGGGUCUGAGACCGGGUGAAGAGAAAAAGAACCCAUUUAUAGAAAUCAACACCUUGCUCGAUCUAGGCAGCGGCAUCAAUAGCUUUGCACAAACAUGCCAUGGAGGGAUCAUGGCGACGGUACUCGAUGAGGUUAUGGGGACUGCGGCUUGGCAACAGUCAGGAGACAAUGGAGCAUACACUAUAGAUAUGUCCCUAAAGUUCAAGAAGAAACCCUUUUCCUAUUCCCUUGUAUUUAUCAUUCCAAUGACUGCUGCGAUUAUCUAG